UUGGUAUGUGAAAGAUGAUGUUACGCUGAGAAUCGUGAUCUUUAUUCUAGGCAAAAAACUUUGACUCUUUUUAUCCAGAAUCGUGCAGCUCUAUCUGUGGUGCUGUGUCACACAUUUUACAGAGCCUGCCUUUUGACCUACAGGGGUGUUGAAAGGAGGAGUUUCAGGAGAUGGAAUCAGUAUGAAAAUCACUGCUUGCAGAGAGCAAGGUACCAUGGGAUAUGUAGUCUUUAGAAAUGAAGAGUAGACAGCAGACGAGAAGCUGCAAAGCAUGCAGUGACUUCAGGAAUUUGUGGAAAGAGAUGGCAGCAGACAGGCAGCACUCACAAACUGAAAGCAGAUUUUUCAUGUAAGCUUAUCUUGGUUUGUCAAAAAUGGCAAUUGAUUUGUAUUACUAUGCUGAUGUUAAAAAAUGAAAGUGUAAGCUGUGACCAUAGAUUUGAUUUAAUUAUAAAGCCACGUUUACAGUGUGCUUUUCACUAAUCUAAUUGACAUGAUGUUUGAAGUGUCGGACCAGUUCUUAAUUGAUAUAUAUGUAAAUAGGCAAGCAGCUGAAAUGUAUGCAGAUAGAAUGUCACCACCUACCUAAUUUCUGGGCUGGGUGCUACAUAAACAGGAUAGACCCAUUUUACAGGCACACGCUAACUUACAUUCACACUGGCACAGAUCUGCUGCACAAGCAAGAUGAAACAUCACCAAAUUCCAGGAAGAGAGGGAAAAUCAGUGAAUUCACCUGAGGACUGGGAGACAGAAACUCAUGACUGGUACUGUUUUGAAUGUCAUUUACCUGGAGAGGUGAUGAUAUGUGACCAAUGUUUUCGUGUGUACCAUCCUAAGUGUUUACCUGAUGAUAUGAAACUCAGGGAUAGCAGUAAUCACUGGCAGUGCCCGGUUUGCAAGACCAUGAAGAAAAAGAACCUAAACAAACAGGAGAUGGGUAAAUACCUGCGAUUCAUUGUGUCUCGUAUGAAGGAAAGGGCAAUUGAACUUAACAAGAAAGGGAAGGAUCCAAAACACCCCAUGUACAGAAGACUGGUGCAUACAGCCAUUGAUGUGUCCACUAUUAAUGAGAAAGUGAAUGAAGGAAAGUACCGAAGUUAUGAGGAAUUCAAGGCAGAUGCUCAGCUUCUCCUGCACAACACCAUUAUAUUCUAUGGAGAUGACAGUGAGCAGACUGAUGUUGCCAAGGUUCUGUACACAGACACAUGCCACGAGUUGGAUGAACUGCAGCUCUGCAAAAAUUGCUUCUAUUUGUCAAACGCACGGCCUGACAACUGGUUCUGCUAUCCUUGUAUUCCUAACCAUGAGCUGGUUUGGGCUAAGAUGAAAGGUUUUGGCUUCUGGCCUGCCAAAGUCAUGCAAAAAGAAGACAAUCAAGUAGAUGUUCGAUUCUUUGGCCAUCAUCACCAGAGGGCCUGGAUCCCUUCAGAAAACAUUCAGGAGAUUACAGUCAAUGUUCAUCAGUUACAUGUAAAGCGCAGUAUGGGCUGGAAAAAAGCUUGUGAUGAACUUGAACUGCAUCAGCGCUUCCUACGUGAAGGGCGAUUCUGGAAAUCCAAAGGAGAAGACAAAGGGGAGGAAGAAGCAGAAUCGAGUAUCUCAUCCACAAGUAAUGAACAGCAGAAAGCAGCAAUUCAGGAACCGCGGGCCAAGAAAGGACGACGCACUCAAAACGUAGAAGCCAAGAAGGAAGAGUCAGAACCAGAGCCUGAGACAGAAGCUGUGAGCUCAAGCCAGGAAAUCCCCUCCAUGCCGCCACCAGCUGAGAAGGUGUCUGUCUAUACACAGACCAAGAAGCAAAGUGCCUCGUCCCCAAGAAUGUCACACCGUAGCACACAAACCAAUAAUGAUGGUGGGUGUCAGAACAUGUGUCACGACAAGUACAGCAAGAUCUUUAAUGAGUUCAAGGAGAGGAUGAGCACAGACAACAAGAGGGAGACUGAAAAAGCCGUUCAAGAAGCUCUAGAAGAGCUUCGAGCAGAGAUGGAGGAGGAGAAGAGACAAGCUGUUAAUAAAGCUGUAGCCAAUAUUCAAGCAGAAAUGGACAGGAAGUGCAAGCAGGUAAAAGAUAAAUGCAAAGAGGAAUUCCUGGAAGAAAUCAAGAAAAUGGCAGCCCAACAUAAACCGCUGAUUUCACAGACCAAGAAGAAGCAGUGGUGCUACAACUGUGAGGAGGAAGCCAUGUAUCACUGCUGCUGGAACACGUCUUACUGCUCCAUUAAAUGCCAGCAGGAACAUUGGCACGCUGAACACAAGAGGACCUGCCGCAGGAAAAGAUGAAUCCUCCCUCUGCAUCGUCUGUCUGAUAUUUUUCCUCAAACUCUGCAUUUUAUCAUUUCCAAGACACAGUACUUGCUUACUACCUGCAUACCAUAUCCGAACCAGCUCCUAGUGUGCUCAGUGCUGGACAUUAUGCUGACUGCACAGCUCCAGUACUGAAGUGCAGAGAUACUAGGUCACGACACGUUUUGCACAUUCAGUCUUGUGCUUGACCUUUCCUUCCAACCUGUUUGCUGCCAGAUGAUCCUGUAUUGCUGUGCUGAUCUGUGCAAGGAGCGCUUCUGGGAGCAUUCAUGGUUGGGCCUUUUUCCUUCCUCUGAGACUAAGGUUACGCUGAUUUGAGAAUCUGUUCCAUGUUCCUUUUGAAACUAUUGCUGAGACACACAGUAGUUUUGCUAGACAAUUUUUUUGCAUCUUCAGGUUGAAGGCAUUUUACGUUUUUUUUAAAGUUUUAAAUAUUUUAAAAUCAUUGUUCUAGUGGUAUAUCUGCCAGCAGCAGGUUUUAAUCUUCCCUGAUAUAGGCAGAGAGGAAGGCGCAUUCCUGUGCCUCGGGAAGUGAUUGAGGCACCAUGUUGUUUUCUUGUGCCUAAUGAAGCAGCUGUGGACCAGAAUACCUCUGGAGUGAAAUACAGUGAGGUCAGAAGAAGUGAGAGUCAUUGGUCAUAGAUCUGUGAAUGUGAGAAAUAAUAUAAGGAGGAAAUUUACUACCUUUAGCAGGUCCUCACUUCUCUAAACCUGCUGUUCAUUUCCCUUUUAAAAGGCAUUAUCGUUUUUAAUUAUUCUGUAUCUGGGGGUUAACGUUUUAGGGAACAGGGUUCACAAGGCAAGUGAGUUCUUGCACACUUUAUUUGUAAAAUAUAUCCCAUGUUUGUUCAUUACUUAUUUUCAAUAUAUAACUUUUAUAAAGAAAUGGAAAUAUAUUAUCCUUUUUUAAAUACAGGUAAUCCUAUCUUAGAACAUAGAAAUGACGUUACAAUUUGCACAGUUCAUAGAGACCUAUGGAGGCACACUUGGUAGACAAUUUAAAGCCAGGAAUUACCUUGGAUGUUUCUUUGCAGGGUUAUUUUUUUGAGAUCCCAGCUGUGUCGUGAUUGAUCCUCUUUAGUGUAUAUAAUUCAGCUGUUCACACUACUUUUAGGCAUUCAGUUCUAAUUUUGGAUAUUUGUCAGGGUACGCUUACAUCGAACUAGCCUGUUUUAAAUCACAACCCGUAAAUUCUGUGGCCUCAUAAUUCUGAACGCAGAAAGCAUGUGUAUUUCUUGUACACUCGACUUGUUUAAGUACACAAUUUAUAUUAUUACAAUUUAAGAAUUUAACACAGCACAGAUUUUCAGUAUCCGUGUACCACUGCCAGGUUAGCUAGAACAAUCAUCGUACGCAGGAUAACUUGACACCUUCGCAAUUACAGUAUAUAUGUCGUUGUCGAGGAUGGUAUUUUGUGAAUUGACCAGUGUUUACCCAAACCAGUCAUUUCACUUAGUUGCCUGUGGUGACAUUGAGUUAGUACAUUCACAAAUGGGUGGAUUCUUUGUAGAAAUGGAAUAGGGAAAAACUAAGAAGACAGUGACACAGUAGUGGGUUGAGUUGCCAAAACUGUAGAGUGCAAAAUCUGGUUCAGCUCUGCAUAGAACCAAUCCGCUUCCAGGUUGUUUUAUUGUCAAAGCUUAAUU